GAGCCAACCUCCAGGCUCUCCUCUGAUAAAAAAAAAAACCUCCAGGCUCUCCUCCCAUACGUAGACUUUUAUAUACACAGGUGUUAAACCAUUGUUUAGUUGCUGGUAAUUAGGCCCCCUCGAUUUGACGGUGGUUAGAUCCUCCAUAAAUCAAAUUUCUCGACGUAAUUCUUUCGUAAAAAUCAGAUUGGGGGAGACAUUUGUUUCUCCAUUUUUGUUCAAGGGCCAAUGGAGAGAAACGGAGAUUUCUCCGGAGUUGAUAAUAAAUCUCUCCCAGAUGUACAAAUUAAUGGGGAAAACCCAGUUUUGACUUCGAAUCUCUUCUUGGACCAUGUCGGAGAAGUUGUUCUCACCAUCAAUUCAGAUGGGUUGUCUUGGAAUUUGGUUGAAUCCAUUUGUAAAGAGCAGGAUGAAUCACCUUGUCUGGGCAUAAAACUUGCCUCGAAGAGUGAAACUGCGAUAAAGUUUUCUGAUGUAUAUGCUGUUGAGUUCAUAGACUGGGGUUUGGUUCACGAAUCAAUUCUUGGAAAUGCUAGAGGAUGUCUUUUGGGUCAUGCGUCUGAGAUGUACCGCUUUACAGUGCACGGGGUCCAUAGGUCAAAGAAUCAGCCUUCUCUUUGGGCCCCAUGUGUGUACACGUUUGGCCACAAGGAUAUGGAUACAUGCCAGCUUUGUUUUAAUCGGAUCACCGCUUCUGUCAACAUGGUGACUGGACGACCGAAGAGUCUUCUGGUUUUUGUUCAUCCAAAGAGUGGGAAAGGAAAUGGAUGUAGAACUUGGGAAGCAGUGGCUCCUAUAUUUUCCCGUGCUAAAAUAAAGACAAAGGUGAUGGUGACACAAAGGGCAGGACAGGCAUUUGAUGUGAUGUCAUCGAUUACGAAUGGGGAUCUAAACGUAUACGAUGGUGUCAUAGCUGUUGGUGGUGAUGGUCUUUUCAAUGAGAUCCUUAACGGACUUCUCUCUUCAAAGCUUAAAGCUUCUUACCCACCUACUCCAACAGAUUUCUUGCAUUCCGGUGAGAAAGAUGGUUGUAUCAUGCUUCAUGAAUCAAAUAAAACUGUUGCCGAGGCUUCUGAUCAUAAUGAAGAUACUUCUCCUCUUCUCCCAGGUGCAAAUCUCGAUGAUUCAAGAUCACCAAAAUUCAGAACAGAAGAAGGUUGUUGCAAUACAGACCAAGGUCCUUCGUUUUCUCUCCCGAAUGAAUGGUUUAGAUUUGGUGUUAUUCCAGCCGGUUCGACUGAUGCCGUUGUAAUCUGUACCACUGGAACUCGAGAUCCUGUAACAUCAGCAUUACAUAUUGUCCUUGGCAAAAGGGUGUGCCUUGAUAUAGCUCAAGUUGUAAGAUGGAAAACAACAUCAACAUCGAAGGAAGAACCUUGUAUACGCUAUGCAGCUACUUUUUCUGGGUACGGAUUUUAUGGAGAUGUCAUUAGGGAGAGUGAGAAGUAUCGCUGGAUGGGUCCAAAGAGAUACGAUUAUGCAGGAACCAUGGUGUUUUUGAGACAUAGAUCAUAUGAAGCGGAAAUUGCCUACCUUGAAGUUAAAUCAGAAGAAAGUAGUUCAGCUUCAGAGGAAGUUCUUCGCGGUAGUAGAAAAAGAGCUUUAUGGGGCCUACCUAAAAAACCUGAAAGAAAACCUUGCUGUGUCAAUUGUAAUGUCUGCACAUCAACAAGUCAUCCCAUGCCGGCACAUAACGCAGAAGGAUCAAGAUGGUUGAAAUCAAAAGGCCGUUUUCUUAGCAUUGGUGCUGCUGUAAUCUCAUGCCGAAAUGAAAGGGCGCCUGAUGGUUUGGUGGCUGAUGCACACCUUUCAGAUGGUUUCCUUCAUCUUAUAUUGGUUAAGGACUGCCCUCAUGCCUUAUACUUAUGGCACCUAACGCAGCUGGCAAAGAAGGGUGGGAACCCCCUGAAUUUUGCGUUUGUAGAGCACCAUAAAACUACGGCUUUCACAUUCACGUCCUCCGGCGAAGAGAGUGUCUGGAAUGUAGAUGGCGAGCUCUUCCAAGCACACAAACUCUCGGCACAAGUAUUCCGAGGCCUUGUUAGCUUAUUUGCAACUGGCCCAGAGGUGUAAUGUUAAACUCACAAAACUGAUGUCUAGCAUCCCUUACUUCUGUUCUAAUUUAUUGUUGUCUUGUAUAAUUAGUAAGUCCGAUCGAUAUAAAUUGGUGGAACCACACAUCAAAUGGUGGUUUAUAUUAGAUAAGCUUCUUCUGAACCCCGUUUCAUACGCGCCAUAUUUUUCUUUUCUUUUCUUACGCCUACAGUUGUUUCUUGUAAUCAACCUUAGAUAUCAAUGUGACUAUUAGAGCAUGUGCUUCAUUUUUGUGUUGA